UCUAUUUUGUUUGAGUAUGCUUUGCUUUGAGGUGUCGUAUUCAAGAAUUGAGCAAAAAGCAGAAGGAAAAAUAAAAUUCCUUGCUACCACCACCCUCAAAACCCUUCAUCUUUUUUGCACUAUAUAAAAUUAGGGCUCACAUUUCAUUUCAAAACAUAACAAAUCCUUCAUCUUCACAAUGGCUAGCAAGCCUCAUCAAGAAGCAGAUAACAAUUCUAUCAUCAAGGAAAAAACUGUCGAUAAUAAAGAUGUUAUCACAUUUAAACCCAGAGCUUUUAACAUUGUUUGGGGAAAUGACAGCCGUUAUUGGCGCAUUCCUAAUCCUCCUCGCUCAUUUGCGCCACUGUCCGAGGAAGAAGCCGCGGAGCUGGUACAGGUAUCGUGGCUAGAAGUGACGGGUUCAUGCCAAGUAGAGCCAUUAACGACGUAUGAAAUCAGCUUCACACUUAGCUUCAACAGAAAUGCAUUUGGUUGGAGUGGGGCGCCGGUUUUCUUGAUGGCUAAGGUAGGGAAGAAAGGCAAGUACAAGUGCAGAAAACUCAAGGAAAUAGACAACUUGUUCGAGGAACCCACGGAUGUUCCAAGCAAUGAAGACUCGUUCACUGUGGAUUCUGGUCAACUACAACCAGACAUGAGACUUUAUUUUGGUUUGUAUGAGGUGUGGAGUGGAAAAUGGAAGGGAGGUAUGAGACUUCAUCAAGCCAUCGUUAAAGAAAUUAGUAAAUGAAAGCAAGUCAUCAACAAAUUGAUAGAUUUCUGGUGAUGGAUCUCUGAUGGUGGAUUGAGAGUACAGUCGUAUCAUCAAAAUUCUAAAUUCUCAUAUAUAUUUUUUUUGUAUUUUGUAUUUAUAAUCUUACGUUUGUCCAUGUGAAUGGUAUCAAUAAUUAAUAGGUG